UAUGUUUUCAACAAGAACAAAAACACAGUAUGGCCCACCGUAAUAUGUGCAAUACGAUGUGAAAUGGUAAAAUGUCUAGCGCGCGAGUUUUUUCAGAAUGUGUUCCUAUUUUAUAUUCUGUAGAAUGUAUUGCUGCAUUUAAAUCUGCUCGCACUUUUCAUCAUUUUCUUCAUGGUCGGUUUCUUACCACCUUGAAUACUCUUCCGAACUACUACUAGUGAACAUUUGUAAGCUGUGAAUACGUUUCGGAAUCUACUCCACGAUGAAACGACGAGAAGGCGCAACUCGCAAACAAGUACUUGACAUUGACAAUACAUCAGCCUGGACAAACAAGUACCACAAUGGUGUCAGCAACGCUUCUUCCAAUCCAUUGUCAAAAUUAGUUGGUGGAUAUGCUUCCGAUUCUGAUGAUGAUGAUGAUGAAAAUUCCAAAACUAAAAGCUCUCUUGAUGCCAAAGUUAAAGAAUUUAUGAAGGAGGUUGAAUCCAAAACAAAUGAAGAUGCCAGUGUCAUCUCAUGUGCUUGGCAGGAAAUUUAUGAUGAAAGUACAGGAUAUCCGUAUUAUUGGAAUAUGAACACAAAUGAAGUAACGUGGGAACCUCCUCCUGAGUUGGUUGCUUACCAGGCAGCUGUAGCGGCAAAGCUUGCUCAAACUCAAGCUAAAGAGAAGGCUCAGGCCCAGCAAGCGCAAUGGGCUGUUGAGCAGGCUGCCCUCGGUCUCACGCCAGAAUAUCCCUCUUCGCCAAAAAAAAUUCCACCUGCUGCACCUAGUUUAAAGAGUAUUCCCAAGAGCACUAUAGUGCCUGUAUCUCUGCAUUUGGGAAAGCAACGUAAGCGUGGACCCAAGAAACGACCAGCAAGUGAAUCCGAUGAUGAAAAAAUUGAGAUGAUAACGUCAUGGGUUGAUGAAGAGAGUGAAGAAGAAGAUGAGCUCAAAAACAGUACAAACCUAGCAAAUGAUGACAAGAAAAUUAGUAAAGGCAGCUCCAUGAAAUGUGCUCAGUCCCUUCCAAAUCUAUCCUCUAGUAACCGAAAGCCCGCCAAACCAUCGAAACCGGCACCUCCACCAGUUAUAUUUGGCCCUCAGCUUCCUGCUCCUUUACCAGAAUAUAACUUAUCUAGUAAAUCAAAACGACGAAGUCGAAAUGGGUCCAUAGAAGAGGAGGUUGAAUCCAAAGUUGUUAUUCAAAAGCUAAGAAGACUUAAAACAGAGUCUGAUGUGAUUGUUGGCACAAGAGAGAGAGUUCCAAUAAGGAAAUCACUUGACAGAAGUAGAAGUGGCAGCCCCAACCCCAAUAGUUCUAAAACUAGAUUAGGAGAUAGCGGUAGUUUAAGAGAUUCUUCUUCAGAGAAAUCUGUUCUCAAUAGUUUACAGAGACAAGUAAAACUACUCAAGGAUCUAGGUGGUAAUGUUCCCAAUGAUAUUCGAGAUCUCCUUACCUCGGCAUCAAAGUCUCCUAUGUCAGCGGCAGUGACAGCUGACAGUAUUAUUGCUAUGAUAGAAAUGGAGCAACCACCAGAUCACAAACAAGAUGGUAAAUUGUUGUCUACCUUGCAAGCAGCAGAAGAGAGGGUUCAGAAGGCUUUGCAAAAAAUUCAGUCUGAAAAUUUAGCUAAUGGCAGUGAUAAAGCUGAAAAUCAAGGCAAGAAACCAACAUCUUUUGCCUUGAUUGCUGGUUAUGGUGAUGAUUCAGAUCCAGAAGAAACAAUGGACUCUGAUUCCUCAACCGAUGCCAAAGAUAAGCCUCAAGUAAAAGAAAAAGCUUUGUUUCCUAUUGUAAGCUUGGAAGAAAAUCCUAAGGAAGAUGAAGCUAGCAAACCUCAAGGGAAAGAAGUGGGGUCAGAUUCCAUAUCUGCCUUCAAAGCAACUUUAGAAGGCUCCUCGAAACCACAACUCGUUGUUGAUCAGAGCCUUGUUCUAAAGCGCAAAAAACGUCUUGAUAUUGGCCCGGUGCAUGUCCAGCCCAAACUUAACAGCAAUACAAUUGAAGUCUCUGAAGAGCCGUCUAAAAUGAAGGGAAAUAAUGAAGGGUCAACAAGUUACACAACUCUAUGGUCAAACAGUUCUACAUAUGCAAGUGAUCCCACUGCUAAUGAUAGACGUGGCUUUGGCUUCCCAUCUGCUGAAGAAGAAGCAUCUCAACAAAGCAAACCUAAGAAAGGAAAAAUUCAAUUCAUUAAGGCAGAGACAAUUAGCAUACAACAGGAAGAAAGUGGGAAUGUGAGGGAUGGUGAAAAAGAAGCUGACAAUGGAGCUGCAACUAUUAAACCUUGUGAAGAUGGGGAACUUCAUAGCGGAUUAUCAUCUUUGGCACAACUUGUGAAAGCUAAGCUCCAGUUUCUCAGUGAGGGCAAGGAACCAGUGUCCCCCGUGCAAGCAAUGGCUAUUCAGAUUGAGACUUUGGUGUCUGCUUGGAAUGCAGGAGCACUUACUGAUUCCUUUCUUCAACGCUGGCUGCAGAGCACGGGGGCUGAACUGGUCCAGUUGGAACGUGCUGCUGCACCACAAGGCUGGGCCGUGCAAUGGGAUAGGUGCAACAUGAGGCAGCGACCUCCUAGGCUGUGCUGUGUGUUGAAACUUCACCAGUCAGCACUUUCUUGCUUGUCGGCGCUUUCAUCUGAAUAUCUUUCUAUUUUGAGUGUGUUGGAGUACAAGCGGUAUUUUUACUGCAACCUGGCCACGAAAGACACCCAGUGGGAUUAUCCUGUUUUGCCUGGAGAUGACCUGGAGAAGACUGAAAAACUGGAGGAUACAUCUAAGCCUUUGCUGAGAGUGGCAACCCCACCCCCUGAUGAUGAGGAUGCAAUGGAGCUGUGUACAACUCCUCCACCUGAGGAGGAAACCGACUGUCUUAUAGAAUCACGACCACCCAGUCCUCCUUUAAAACCUCCACCUUUGAAGAAACCCAAGACUGAUGAAAGUCAUUUGUGUGUUUCAGCCGAGACCAAUGUAAAUGAGGCUGUGGAGAGGCACUUGUCGCCACCGUGCCCUGCCAGCCAGCCCCCUCUGCCUGCAGCCCCGCAACCCCCUCUGCCCUCGUCGCCACCCCCGCCCCCUCCAGACGCGCCUCCUCCACCUCCUCCUCCAGGAACUCCGCCACCCUUGACUCCUCCACCCUCUACCUCCCGUCCCCGCAUGGCCGAACACGGUGAGCCGCUUCCGCCUGGCGUCGACAGUCCUGACAUACCUUUUGUCCCCGUCCGCCCCUCAAUGCCCCCCACACCCCUGUCCAUGGCCGCGGAGAUGGCAGUGGGCCCCCACCUGACGCUCAACCCGUUGCAGAGUGUCGGCCCUCUCCACCCAGGUUCGGUCCUCGGCGUGUCCGUGCUGUCCGGGGUGCCCACCAUGGCCAUUCCCUACUCAGGAAGCGUAGGUGUGUCAAACUCGUACGUUGCGCCACCCCCGACCGAGGCCAUGCUGGCAUCGUACAAUCAUGCAACCGCUGUGGAUUACAUGGGUUACAUGGGUGUAUAUGCAGGACCUGCAGGCCCAAUGCCAGUGACGAGUGUUGCUGCACCUCCAUUAGCUUACAGUGGACCUGCACCACCCACUCACCAGCAAGUGCAUUUGCCACAUCGUAAGAAAGAAGCAUUGAUGUCAGAGCUGAGCUCUUUCUAUUCUGAUAUUGCCUCAUUAGACUCUAACUCUAGAGAUGCUGUGGAUGAUGAUACAUCUCAGGAUACUACACCUUUAGAGCAACCUCUUUCAAAGUCAUCAACGCCCCCUGUAUCUAAUGUACCAGCCAACAUUAUUAACUCUGAAGAAUCUACUAAACAGUAUCAACCUGAGGCAUCAACACAGAUUUUUCAGAAAAGUCAUACUUUAACUCAAGAAAAUUCCUUUGACAGUUCAACAAAGAAGAAAAAGAAGACAAAAUUGGCACCAGGUCUUACACUUAAGAAGAAAGGAGUUUCUAACAUGGUAGCUAAAUGGCAGCAAGUCCAGCAAGAGGCAUGGAAAGAUUAUCAAGAUGAAGAAAGUGUAGAAUAAGCAAUCUAGUUAUUAAUGUAUCCAAUAUUUUAAAUUGAAAGUUUCAUGUAAAUAAAUUGUUACAUAUUAGUGAAAUUAAUACAUUUAAAAAUUUUAGGGA